AACAAGUAUUACAUUAAAUUUAGAAUUGUACUAUUAAUUAAUUUUUACUAUAUUGAAAAUAUUUAUGUUUUGAAGGCGUGUUUUAUUUCUUAAAACACUAAAUUGUAGCCUAAAUUGUCAGGUUAUAAAUUGUCAAAUCACACCAAAAGGAAGAUAUUACAUAUAUCCAUAAAUUGUAAAAUAACGAGGCAAAGAUAUUAUUAGGAUUACCCACCAAAAAUUUCCCUACUGUGCAUGGCAGUAGGAACGGAUUGUUGAGGCGCGAACUUGUAGGAUCCGAAACCACGAGAGAGAUGAAGAGAGCCACAACCACAAAGAGCUCCCACAAAUCGGCGAAUUUCUACAGUGAUUCAAACGGCUCCGAAUCGUUAGGGUUUCCAUCAACAUUGUCUCGCAGAUCGAGCGCCACGACAUCACAAACCAAACCGGUUCAAUCCAAUUGGCAAAUUCCAGCUUCACUCUCCAACUCAACAUCAUCGUCGUACGAUCUCUACGUUCGCCGGAUUCGACAUAUCCAUUUCUUUUUUCCGACAAUCGUUUCCAGAAACGCUGAUUUUCAUUUAUAUUUGUUCUUUCACGAAUUUCCCAGCCGCGGUUGUGUUUGAUAUGAUAUCAUGGAAGACCGAAUUGUAUUUUUGAUGUAAACAUCGGGAGGAGAUGGAGGGAUUGGAAGUGGACGAUCGUUGAUCUCGAAAUUCAGGGGGUGUUUGUAGCAGGCCGUUCGCUUUAUGAUUUGUGGAUACACGGUAGCAUUGCGCUCUUGUCGAUUAGGUUAUUUCGUGGCAUGUAUCAAUAAACGCACUCGCGUUUUCACGGUGAAGAGAUUUGAUUUCGGUGUUCAGAUUGGGGACAUUGAUGCACAUUUUUUUUUAAUGAUGAAGGAAUUUAUAGCGUCAGAGCUGCGCAUUUGAUAUUCUGAUGGAUUCUGCGGGAAAAAUUACCGUAGGUUCUCAGGUAUGGGUGGAAAACCCAUCAGUGGCUUGGAUCGAUGGAGAAGUGUUGAAAAUAGAUGGAACAGAAGCUGAGAUCCGAACUACUGAUGGGAAGAAAGUUGUUACAAAACUAUCAAAAAUCUACCCUAAAGAGAUGGACACUCCUGAUGGUGGAGUUGAUGACAUGACGAAGCUUUCUUAUUUGCAUGAGCCUGGAGUUUUGCAUAACCUAGCUAUCAGAUAUCAAAGAGAUAAAAUCUAUACUUAUACAGGCAAUAUACUCAUCGCCAUUAACCCAUUUCAAAGUUUGCCCCACUUGUAUGAUGCACACAUGAUGGAAAAAUAUAAAGGAGCACAAUUUGGGGCUUUAAGUCCUCAUGUAUUUGCAAUUGCAGAAAUUGCUUUCAAGGAAAUGGUUAAUGGAGGAAAAAGCAACUCCAUCUUGGUUAGUGGUGAAAGUGGGGCAGGUAAGACCGAGACUACUAAAAUGCUUAUGCGCUAUCUUGCACAUGUUGGUGGACACAGAGGCACAGAAGGGCGAACAGUUGAACAACAAGUUCUAGAAUCAAACCCAGUUUUGGAAGCAUUUGGCAAUGCAAAGACUGUUAGAAAUAACAAUUCCAGCCGUUUUGGAAAAUUUGUUGAGAUUCAGUUUGAUAAACAUGGAAGAAUAUCUGGAGCAGCUAUCCGGACAUACCUUCUAGAAAGAUCUCGUGUUUGCCAAAUUUCGGAUCCUGAACGCAACUAUCAUUGUUUCUAUCUCCUUUGUGCAGCACCUCCAGAGGAAACCAAGAAAUAUAAAUUGGGAGAUCCUAAAUCAUUUCACUAUCUCAAUCAAUCAAAUUGCUAUGAACUUGUUGGUGUAAGCGAUGCCCAUGAUUAUCUUGCUACUAGGAGAGCCAUGGAUAUUGUUGGAAUAAGCAAAAAGGAACAGGAUGCAAUUUUCAGAGUUGUGGCUUCAAUUCUCCAUCUUGGUAAUCUUGAAUUUGCCAAAGGGGAAGAGAUUGAUUCUUCAGUUUUGAAAGAUGAUAAAUCCAAAUUUCAUCUUCAGAUGACAGCAGAGCUGCUAAUGUGUGAUCUACAUGCACUAGAAGAUGCACUACUGAAGCGUGUGAUGAUUACUCCAGAAGAAGUUAUUAAGAGAAGCCUUGAUCCUGAAGGUGCAACCUUCAGCAGGGAUGGUUUGGCUAAGACCUUAUAUUCUCGCUUGUUUGACUGGUUGGUGGAUAAAAUUAAUGUGUCAAUUGGGCAAGAUCCGAAGUCAAAUUCUCUGAUUGGAGUCCUUGACAUAUAUGGUUUUGAGAGCUUUAAAACCAAUAGUUUUGAGCAGUUUUGUAUUAAUUUCACUAAUGAGAAGCUGCAACAACACUUCAAUCAGCAUGUUUUUAGGAUGCAACAAGAGAUAUACACAAAAGAGGAAAUUGACUGGAGCUACAUAGAGUUUGUAGACAACAAGGACAUCCUAGAUCUUAUUGAAAAGAAACCUGGUGGGAUCAUUGCUCUACUUGAUGAAGCCUGUAUGUUUCCCAAAUCAACUCCUGAAACUUUUUCACAGAAGCUCUACCAGACAUUCAGUAAACACAAACGGUUUAACAAACCAAAAUUGUCACGCUCAGAUUUCAUAAUUGCUCAUUAUGCUGGAGAGGUUCACUACCAGUCUGAUCAAUUUCUAGACAAAAACAAAGAUUAUAUUGUUCCUGAACAUCAAGAUUUGUUGAGUACUUCAAAGUGCUCUUUUGUAGCAGCCCUUUUCCCUCCACCAAGCGAGGAAACAACGAAAAAAUCCAAAUCCAAGUUCUCAUCUAUUGGCUCUCGCUUCAAACAACAACUUCAACAAUUGAUGGAGACUCUGAAUUCCACACAGCCCCACUAUAUCAGAUGUGUGAAGCCAAAUAAUCUUCUUAAACCUGCUGUCUUUGAUAAUGUCAACAUCAUUCAUCAAUUACGUUGUGGGGGGGUUCUAGAAGCAAUUCGUAUAAGCUGUGCAGGGUACCCUACCAACAAGGCUUUUGCUGAUUUUGUUAAGCGAUUUGGUCUUCUACUUCCCGAAGUUUUAAGAUCAAAUCAUGACAGGAAGGAUGCUUGUAGAAAGAUUCUGGACACAGCUGGACUUCGAGGGUAUCAGAUUGGGAAAACAAAAGUUUUUCUUAGAGCUGGUCAUAUGGCUGCAUUAGAUGCAAGGAGAACAGAAAGGCUUAGUGCUGCAGUCAUAACUAUCCAGAGAACAACAAGAAGUUUUCUCAUUAGGAGGCGUUUUCUUGCUAUGGCCAAUCUUGCUGUUGCCUUGCAAACUUUAUGCAGAGGAAAGCUUGCUUCUAAGGCAUAUGAAGAUAUGAGAAAGACAGCUGUGUCAACGAAAAUUCAGACUAACUUUAGGCGAUACACAUUAAGGACUUCCUACAACAGACUCAGGCAUGCAGUGGUUCUCAUUCAGGCAGGUGUGAGAGCAACGAUAGCUCGUCAUGAGCUCGGAUACAGGAGACAAAAAAAGGCAGCUACUGUUUUAGAAGCCAAAUGGCGUGGUCAUAGAGAGUAUAUUCAGUAUAAGAAACUCUCAAAGGCAACAGUGGCAACACAAUGUGGUUGGAGGCAAAGAGUUGCUAAGAGAGAGCUUCGCAGAUUAAAGAUGGCUGCAAGGGACAAUGGGGCACUGCAAGAGUUGAAGGAUAAGCUUCAAAAACAAGUACAAGAGCUUACACAACGUUUAGAGCAUGAAAUACGUUUAAAGACCCAAUUGGAACAAUCAUUGCUUGCCAAGGAACGCGAGUAUGCAACAAACGCACCUGAUGGGGCCCAUGGGGGAAUGAUCGAUGGUUUAACUGCUGAGGUGGAAAAUUUGAAGGCUUCAUUAGAAUCAGAGAGACAACGAGCUGAUGAAUCUGAGAAGAAGUAUGCUGAAGCCCAGGCUUUAUUAAAAUCAGAGAGACAGAGAGCUGAUGAAUCUGAGAAGAAACAUGCUGAAGCCCUGGAGACAAUCAAAGUUAUGCGUCUAAAGUUGGAAGGAACUGAAAGAAAGCCUGAUGUGAGUGGCACAUUGCUUGCUAAGGAAGCGACUGAAGCAUCAGGGGAAGCUUUGUCCAUUAUGAAAGAAGCCGUAGUCUUAAUGAAGGAUGGUGAUAUGCUCGACCAUUCAACUACAGAAAACCUAAAGACUGAAUUGGAGGAUGGAUGGCAUGCCAAGGAUCAUGAUUCUGCAAUGGAACACAGUCCAACCAUGAAAAAUCUCAAGACUGGAUUGGAAGACGGGUUGCAUGCUAGGGAAAACGGGUCUGCAGCAGACGAAGCAUACGUUGGAGGUUUAUCUGUUGUAAAAAAAGUUCCUGUGUUUGGUGAUGACACCGAAAAGAUUGACAGUUUAAGCACAGAAGUUGAAAACCUCAAGACUUUAUUAGAAUCAGAGAGACAACGGGCUGAUGAAUUUGAAAAGAAGUUCUCAAAAGCCUUGGAAACAGUCGAAUCUAUGCGUCUAAAGUUGGAUGAAACAGAAAGAAGGGUACUUCAACUUCAAGAAGCAGAAAGAAGGACUGAUCUGAAUGAGGCCAAGGAACGUGAGCUUGCAAUGGAAGCAUCUGACAGAGCUUUGUCUGUUGUGAAAGAUACAUCAGUUUCUAUGGAGGACACUGGAAAGAUUGAAAUUUUAACUGCUGAGGUGGAACAUCUUAAGGGUCAAUUAGAUUCAGAGAGACAACGAGCUGAUGAAUCUGAAAAGAAGUACUCUGAAGCCCUGGAAUCAAUCAAAACUUUGCGUCAAAAGUUGGAAGAAACUGAAAGAAGGACUGAAUCGGAAGACAAAAUGCUCGUUCAGCAACGUGAGGCUCCAUUAGAAGCAUCGGGUGAAACAUUGUCUGUUUUGGAGAAAGCCACAGUUUCCUUGGUGGAUACUGAAAAGAUUGAAAAUUUAACUGUAGAAGUGGAAAACCUCAAGGAUUUAUUAGAAUCAGAGAGACAAAGAGCAGAUGAAUGUGAAAAGAAGUACAGUGAAGCCCUGGAAUCAAGUGAAAUGAAGCGGAUAAAACUGGAGGAAACUGAAAAAAGGGUACUUCAACUUCAAGAUGCUUUGAAUAGGAUGAUGUACAGCAUGUCAGACCAAUUUGCGGAGCUAAAAAGUAUAUUGUGUGCUUCAUCAAGUUCGAGUGUAACUUCAGGGUUCAUUGUUAGAGAUGGUUUUGGUGAUUCCACAUCUACCUCUUCUGAUAUCACAUCCACUGAUUCUGAUUCCGAUUUCAAUUUCCCACCUCCCACUUGUUCUACUACUACUACAGAGACAGUCUCUCCUCUCACUCCUGAUGCUUUUCAGAUGAUAGUUCAGGACCUUUCUGCCCCUGAAAAACCAGGUAAUUAUGCAUGCUUCGUCAUACAUAUUUGCUCUCAUGUUGCCAUCCAUUUUGACUCAUUUAUGGGAGACAGAAUAAAGAAUGGAUUUUCAAGAGAAAAAAAAAAGAAGCAGCAUGUGAUGUAACCGAAUGAGCAUUUGUUUGAUUCUCAGGAAACAAUGUGAGCACUGCACUUCCCAUGCAUCAGAGCACCAACAACAACAAAAACAACAAGAAGCAACAUCUAGCUAGCUAGCCUGCCUGCCUGCUUGUUUUGGUUAUAACAUAAAUUAGAGCAUUCAGUUUCAGUUUCUUCUUAUCUUAUCUUAAAACUCUUAACUCAAUCAACAGGUCUUGAGCUGUACAUGAGACACUACUUUGUAUGUUUUAUCAAUUUUUCAUAGAAUUCAGGGUAUAUGUACAAUCCACCAUAUAAUAUUUUUUUAACAUGGUUUUCAACAUAAUAUUCUUUUUUUAUAAGUUUGUAAAUAUGGCAUACAUGAAUAAGCAGCAGGAAUAUAAAGGAGGAACUUCAAUUCUCAGUUGAGAUGCACCACAAGGACAAGUUAAUGUUGUACAUCUGGGCAUGUAAUAUGUUUAUGCUGCUAGGCUUCAUGAGAAGCUUUUUUCGCCUGCAUCUCAAGAAACAGACAUACAAGAAACACGUCGUUGAGGCGGAGGAUGUGGAUGUGGGUGACGUAAACAAUCAAUAAGCCGUCUUAUAAAGUUACACAAACGACGACAGCAGAAGCAAAAACCCCUGUGAACACCGCAAGUGCUGAGGAUGGCUCCAUAUAUACAUACACUAGUGCGACUUCCACCUACAAAAUUUGUUUUUUCAAUACAAAUUAUCUUUCAAAUACUGCAAAAUCGAUAGGUUUCAGAUCGUUAUUUGUAGGUUUUCAUCUAUGAAAAGUAACGGUUGCCAUUAAGCUAUUAUGUGAGUUUGUAACACUAGGUUUAAAUUCAUGGAAACUUUAAUGGAUUCGAUUAAAUUCUUGAAAUAUUAAUUAUUGCA